AUGCUCAAGCAUCAGCUCAAAGAGCGCGAUGUCGAUGGGAUCACGGUGAUCUUGAAUCGCCUGCAGUCCCGAGACGCCCAUGUGCGGGAACUCGCUGCCGAGGACUUGCAUACGUCCGUGGCGACGCUUGCGCGCGAGCUCACGUCGGAGACGUUUGCUCGGUUUUUGUCCGACUUGACGCCGCGGCUGCAAAGUUUGCUCCAAAGCUCAAACUUGGUGGACCAGCUGGGAGGGAUAUCCGCCGUCGAUGCACUCAUCCCUGUGGCCAGCGAAGCGCAGAUCAUCCGAUUUGCCAACUACCUGCGCAGCUUCUUCGUCACGUGUGAAUCCAAGGCCGGGUUGCGUGCAGCCAGUUGGACCCUAGGGCGGCUGGCGUCGUCCACCGAGAACGGCAUCAGUGGCACUUUGGUCGCUGCGUUCGUUGACUUUGAAGUCAAGCGCGCGUUCGAGUGGCUGACGAACCCGUGCUUCCAAGCGAACCACCGACGUUUGGCCGCAUGCAUGGUCCUGCAAGCGCUCGCAUCUGCCGUGCCGACGCUCUUCCACGUGAACCUCACGACGUUCUUUGUCGCGAUUUGGCCUGCCAUCCGCGAUCCCCGCGUCGACGUCCGCGAUGCUGCCACGGAUGCGUUGGCAGCAUGUCUCCAGCUCAUCGCGAUGCGCCAAACGAGGCAUCGUGUGCAAUGGUACUGCAAAAUCUACGACCAAGUGCAAGACGGAUUACAUGUCGUGAAAGGUAUGGCCUCGUCGAUCGGUCGAGCAAUAUACGUGUGCGCGCCGUCGGUGGUCGUAGCCAAGUCGCCUUCGUGGGAAAGCAUCCACGGGUCGCUCUUGGUCAUUGGGCAAUUGGUUCAAAACACGGGCAGCUUCAUGGUCCCUCGCUUCCGAGAAGUGUGCGACAUUGUGCUGUGUUACAAGGACGCGAAAGACAAGCUCGUGGCGCGAUCGGUGUGCCUCCUGCUUCCCCAACUCGCUGCCUACUGCCCAGAUGCCUUUGUGCGCCACUACUUGAGCAUUUGCGUGGCCCACUUGAUGAAGCGCGUGACGACAUUUCUGUCUGUGAGCGAGCGCGGGAUCGCGUUCCUGGCGCUGGGGGAAUUGGCGCUUGCGGUGGGAGACCAGUUGGUUCCCCAGCUGCCGUCGAUCAUCGAGCUCCUCCAAGACGGGAUGAAAAAAUCCAAGUACUAUUGCAUCGAAACGCUUGUGUGUGCCGCACACUUUACCAAGGCAUGCACGGUCGCGAUGGAGCCGUACUUGCCGUCGCUGUUGGAGCAAAUGCUGGCCGGCGGGCUGAACGAUGCGUUGGUCGAAGCGCUCACGGAAAUCAUUCAAACCGUGCCUGCCGUCAAAACGUGGGUCCAAGAACGGCUUCUCCACGAAAUAUCCCUCGUCCUGCGACGUACGUGGACCAGACGAUCGUGGUGCAUGUGGCAGGGCGUGAGUGUUGUCGCAAAUGGGCAACUCGGUCGACGGUGUGGCGCGCAUGGCACGUUGCCUGGUCGAGGGCAGGAGCGGGCUUUGUGGUGCCGUGUGUUGGUCUGUCCGUGUCCGGCAGCACCAGCCGCGGACGACGUACGCCGAGGCGGUGGGUUUUCAACGUUUUCGCUGCCAUUUCGAUCCGAGAAACUCGACGACAAGGACACGACUGGCGCCCACAUGAGCGACGCGAUGUUGCUGUUGAGUUUGAAAACGCUGGGCCAGUUUGACUUUUGCGGCCCGUUUUCGAUCCUCCCGUUUGUCCAGGACAACGUCGCGGGGUUUCUCACGUACCCCGACGUCGCGAUUCGAAAGCAAGCGGUGGUGACGUGUGCCAAGCUGUGCCACCCGGACCCGGCCCUGUCCAAGCGCGGCCGCAGUGGCCACAUGAUUGAUCAAGUGCUCCAAACGCUGCUGCAAGUCGGGUUGACCGACCUCGACUGGACAGUCCGAAAGAGCGUUGUCGAGUCGCUCGAUCCGUCCUUUGACGCGUGGCUUGCCCAGGAAUCGCACGUGAACCUCCUGUUUUACCUUGUCAACGACGAGCAUGCCGACAUUCGAGAACUCACGAUGGACGUGCUCGACCGGUUGGCGGGCCGCAACCCAGCGUACAUUUUGCCGCUGCUUCGACGAGUGCUGAUUCAGUUGCUGACCGAACUCGACCAUGCGCUGGACCUUCGAUCGAUGGAAGACAGCACGCGGCUGUUGUCGAAACUCAUUCGGGGCUCGCAACACUUGAUCGAGCCGUACUUGAGUCGCGUCCUCGACGUGCUCGUUCCAAAGUUGCAAUUGCAGGGCAACGCAAACGUGGCCAGCGCCGUCUUGACUGCGCUCGGGUCGCUCGCGCAAGCGGUGCAGACGCAAAUGGCGCCGUUUGAACCGAUGCUGUUGCCGCUGAUUUUGGACGCGUUGCAAGACCACAGCAGCUUGGCCAAGCGCCAUGUCGCGUUGGUCACGUUGGGGCAACUGACGACGAGCACGGGCAACGUCGUGCAGCCGUACGUGAUGUAUCCCAAAGUGCUGCACGUGUUGUUGGAUUUGCUUCAACACACGGCCGCUACGCCGUGGUCGCUGCGGCGGGAAGCCAUGAAAACGAUGGGCAUUUUAGGAGCGCUCGACCCGUACAAGUACAAGUUGUGCGUGGCGCGUUCGCCGACGUUGGAGCUUCCCGACAAGCCGCUGCCGUCCACCAUGGACGAAGAAAAGCAGCAAAUCGAGCUCCAGCUCUUCACGGCGCCUCCUGUCGGGACGCGGCGGCGCACCAACGUGGAUGUGGUUGUGACGCCAUCGACGACCGCCGCCGCCGCCGAAGAGGAUCCGAUGCACUUGGCGUUGCAGCACAGCCCCGCAGCGCCUGCGCUGUCGGUGUCGGACGACGCGUACUUUCCGACGGUGGCCAUCCAUGCUUUGCUCGGGAUAUUGCGCGAACCGUCCCUGGCAGUGCACCACUACGGCGUCAUCCAAGCCAUCAUGUUUAUCUUCAAGUCGCUCUCGUUGCAAUGCGUGCCGUUCCUUCCGUCGAUCGUGCCGCCAUUCUUGCACGUGUUGGACAAAGGGGAGCCGCGGUUGCGCCAUUCGCUGUUUUUGCAACUCACGGCGCUGACGUCGAUCGUGCAGCAUCACUUGAGUCCGUUUUUUCCCGCGAUGGUGACGCUGAUCCUUCGCCACUGGCGCGCGCAUUUGAGCCCGAUUUUGCAGCUGAUUGAGAAACUGGCGCGCGCGGCGCCGUCCGACUUUAAGCAAACGUAUUUCCCCAUGCUCCUGCCACGGCUGCUCGAAGUGCUGAGCCCACAACCAUCGUCGCACGGGUCUGGGAUCGUUCUCGCUCCCGGCACGCAUCCGAAUGAACCGACGCCGCCGACGCCACUCCACCCGACCAUGCCAGUCUCGUCGGCGGCGUCGGGCGCGUCGGCUGUCGACCACGGCGGCUCCCCCGGCGCGAUCGUAGCCGAUUUGGAAGCUCCAGACAAUAGCGGGAGUGGCAUCGCGUCGUUGCAAAUCCAAGUCGUCCACGUGCUGCUGGUGUGCGGGCCGGCAGUCGUCGACAGCGUGUUUGUGUUGAUGCCGGCAUUGAUUCGUCUCUUGGAGCAUGCCGACACGUCGUGGGAAGCGAAGACGUGGAUUGUGGGCCUUCUCGCGCACCUGACGCUGCUCGCGCCGACAUUUGAGCACUACAUUGGUCCCAGGUUGUUGCUCGUGGUUCAUCGACUGUUGCGGCUCCAUACCACGACGGAAAAGAAUCGAAAGUUUGCCGACGCGGCCGUGUACUUGUUGGGCGCGAUUGCGUUCCAGCUGCAAGACGGCUGGCUCAGCUACAAGUCGUUAAUCGAGUCGAUCCUUCCAUUCGUGCCAUCGCCCGACCACGUCGCCGCGAUGCAAGCAUGGUCGGCCGUGCUGGCUGACGACAAGCGCAUUUCAAAGGAGCUCGUCCAACAAGUGUUGACGCCGGAGCUCAAGAGUUGGUACACGGCUGCGUCGUCGUCGGCCACCCCAUCCCCCGACGUCAACCCCGCCUCCAACGCCAGCGCCAUCCAUGUCAACCAGGCCAAUUUGAAGCGUGCGUGGGAAGCGUCGCAGCGCUCGACGAAAGAAGAUUGGCUCGAAUGGAUGCGUCGUUUUUCGAUCGAACUCUUGCGAGAAUCGCCAUCGGCUGCGUUGCGGUCGUGCUGCUCGUUGGCGCAAGCGUACAAUCCGCUGGCACGAGCGCUUUUCAACUCGGCGUUUGUGUCGUGCUGGAAUCAAUUAUUUGAACAGUACCAAGACUACCUCGUGCGCGCGCUCGAAACCGCGUUUCAAAGCGAUACCAUUCCAGCGGAAAUUUUGCAGACGUUGCUCAACUUGGCCGAAUUCAUGGAGCACGACGUCGAAGCGCUGCCGAUCGACAUUCGCGAGCUCGGAGAGCUCGCGCAAAAGUGCCAUGCGUAUGCGAAAGCGCUGCAUUACAAAGAACUCGAGUUUCACACGUCGCCGUCGACGUGCAUUGAAGCGCUCAUCUCGAUCAACAACCAAGUGGGCCAGCCCGAAGCCGCCGUCGGCAUCUUGAAAUAUGCGCAGUGGCACCACCGCAGCGUCAUUCAAGUCAAAGAAAGCUGGUUUGAGAAGCUCCAAGAUUGGGAAAACGCACUCGAAUUGUACAACGUCAAGCUCGUCGAGUCGCCCCACGAUUUGGAUGCGUGCACGGGGAAAAUGCGGUGCCUGGAAGCGUUGGGCGAAUGGGAGCAACUCGCGAGUCUUGCCAAACAAGUGUGGUCCCGUGCUGUGGACCAUGAUAACGCGUCGACGGCGGGCAAAGGGCUCAAGAAAUCGCACGUGGAUGAAUCGCUGGUGAAAUCGGUCGCGCUGUUGGGGGCGCGCGCGUGUUGGUGGCUCAGCGAAUGGACCACGAUGGAGCAGUACGUGAGUGGGGUGUUGACGUCCGGUCCAAGCGUUGGGACGCUGGCGGGAACCCCGUCCAGUGUCGACUCGGAGUUGAAUGGAUUGUGCGCGCUGUACAAGUCCGUGUUGGCGGUCCACCACAACCAGUUUGACGACGCGCAAAAGUGGAUCGACAUUACGCGCAAGGAGGUCGACACAACGCUGGGGGCGCUGGUCGGGGAAUCGUACUUGCGCGCGUACCACACGAUGAUUACGCUGCAGCAACUGAGCGAGCUGGAAGAAAUCGUCGCGUACAAAAAGAUCUGCAUCCACAAACCGGACGAAGCGCCGGCGCACAAGCGGCACAUGGUCCACAUUUGGUCGCAGCGCCUCACGGGAUGCAAGCGCGUCGUCGAAGUGUGGCAGCACGUGCUCGCCGUGCGGUCGUUGGUGCUGCGACCGCACGAAGACAUUGACACGUGGCUCCAAUUUGCCAGUUUGUGUCGGCAAUCGGGCAACUUGGCGCUCAGUUUGAAAGUGUUUACCCAUGCGCUGUCGGUCCGGUCGCUGCAACCCCACCAAACGACCACCCACGACGACUGGCGCGCGUCGCUGACACCGGGGCCGUUUUCGUCGGUCGGGUACUCGGAAAACGACCCGCACCGCGUUGCAUUUGCCUAUCUGAAGCAUCUGUGGGCGGUGGGCGACAAAGCCAAGGCGCUGCAUGAGUUGGGGUCGCUUGUGCAAACGCUUUCCCGCCGGCCGUCGGCAGUCGGGACGCAAGAGCUUGUCAAGUGCCAGUUGAAGUGGGCCGAGUGGCAGAUGGCCAUCCACGACCAGCAACUCGAUCGGGUGUCGAUUCCGGCGGUCCUCGCGGCCCUCAAACACAGCACGGAGCUCGACCCCACGAGCUACAAAGCAUGGCACGCAUGGGCGCUCAUGAAUUUUCAAGUCGUGGAUCACCAGGCGAGUGCACUGGCACGCGAUGACUCGUACGUGGUGUCGGCAAUUGAAGGGUUCUUUCGAAGCAUCGCGCUCGGUCGAUCGCGGUGGGCAGCCAACGUGCAGCAAGACAUUUUGCGUGUGCUGACGCUGUGGUUUGCUCAUGGCCACAAAACGGCCGUCUACGGCGCGCUGAAAGCAGGAUUUCAAAGCGUCAACAUUGAAACGUGGCUCAUUGUGAUUCCUCAAUUGAUUGCUCGGUACGUUGCGACGUCGUCGAGGUGGGGGUGGUGCGCUGACCCGAGUAGAAUCCACUCGCCGCACGAGCGCAUUCAAAAACAACUGAGCAACUUGCUGUGUGCGAUCGGCGCCCAGCACCCGCACGCGUUGAUAUACCCGCUCAGUGUCGCGCUCAAGUCGCCGCUGGAGGUUCGCCAGAAAGCCGCCGAGGCGAUCAUGGACGUGAUGCGCCGGAAUUACAAGAAUUUGGUCGACGAAGCGCUGCUCGUGUCGCGCGAGUUGAUUCGGGUCGCGAUCCUGUGGCACGAAAUGUGGCACGAGGGGCUCGAAGAAGCGUCGCGGCUGUACUUUGGGGAGCACGACGUGGAAGGGAUGAUGGCGGUGCUCCAGCCGCUCCACGUCAUGAUGGAAAAGGGUCCGGAAACCCUUCGCGAAGUGAGUUUUCACCAAGCCUUUGGCCGCGACUUGAAAGAAGCGUACGAGUGGAUUCAACGGUACUUGAACCCGCAGUACGGAGCCAACGAGGCGGACCUGAACCGCGCGUGGGACUUGUACUAUUACGUGUUUCGACGGAUCAACAAGCAGCUGCCGCAACUCACGACGCUCGAAUUGCAAUACGUGAGCCCGAAUUUGCUCCAAGCCCACAACCUGCAGCUGGCUGUGCCAGGCACGUAUCGCGCGGGUCAUGACAUCAUCAAGAUACGGUCGUUCGUGCCAACGAUGCUCGUGCUCACGUCCAAGCAGCGGCCGCGGCGCAUCACGAUCCACGCGUCCAACGGCCUCGAGUACAUGUUUUUGCUCAAGGGCCAUGAAGAUUUGCGGCAGGACGAGCGCGUGACGCAGUUGUUUGGCCUCGUCAACGCGCUCUUGAUCAACGACCGCACGACGUCCAAGAAAGAUCUCCGCAUCACGCGGUAUCCGGUGAUUCCACUGAGCCACAACGCCGGGAUUGUCGGGUGGGUCCCCAACUGCGACACGCUGCAUCAACUCAUCCGAGACUACCGCGAAGCGCGGAAAAUUCUGUUGAAUAUCGAGCACCGGCUGAUGCUCCAAAUGGCGCCCGACUACGACGUGCUGACGCUCAUGCAAAAGGUCGAGGUGUUUCAGUGCGCGCUGGAAAACACGGCCGGGCAAGAUUUGUACAAGGUGCUGUGGCUCAAGUCGGAAAACUCGGAGAUUUGGCUGGACCGGCGCACCAACUACACGCGGUCCCUGGCCGCCAUGUCGAUGGUUCGUGCGCACGGGAUGUCCGAGCCAAAUGCGAAUGCGUCUUGAGUAGGUCGGGUACAUCUUGGGCCUGGGCGAUCGCCACCCGUCCAACCUGAUGCUGCAUCGGUUUACGGGCACGAUCGUCCACAUUGACUUUGGCGAUUGUUUUGAAGUCGCGAUGCACCGCGAAAAGUACCCGGAAAAAAUCCCAUUCCGCUUGACGCGCAUGCUGACGAACGCAAUGGAAGUACGUGGUGGUGGUGGCUGCGCGCGUGUGUGUGGGGCAACGAUGGACUGGUCUGCCGUUGUUGUAGGUGAGCGGCAUCGAAGGCAACUUUCGCUUUUCAUGCGAAGCCGUCAUGCAAGUACUUCGGGACAACCAGCACUCGCUCAUGGCGAUGCUGGAAGCGUUUGUGCACGACCCACUCAUUUGCUGGCGCUUGCUGGCCCCGAAUGCGUCGCCGCCGCGGCUUUACGAAAACCACACGGACGAUGCGCCGCCGCGUCGAGACCGUCGGUCGAGUGUGUCGAUUGCUAGUCUCGCGAUGCUGCAGCAAAACGACCCGCCCAACAACAUCCAUGUCGACAUGUACCAGCUCGCCGCCAGCAUGAGUCGAAGUGUUGCUGCGUCGGCAGCCGUCGACGCGAAUGGCCAUCCGUCGAUCUCGUCGUCCCAAGUGUACGUAUUGGCGGCGAUCGCAUCGGAUGUGUCGACAGGAUCGCCACCACUCGAACGAGUUGGAACUUGCGUGGUGCCGGAGGGAUGCGCCACGUGGCGGGGUCGAUGCGUGUGUGUGUGGGGAAUGUUUUUUGGCGGGUUGUCGCGGACAUGCUGACUUGGUUUGUCUUGCAGAGACCUGGAGCUACGGCGCAGCCACCGCGAGCGCGAACUCGUCAACGCGUUGGGUCCCGAAGGCGCUGGCGCCCCUCGCGAAGCCCUCAACGAAAAAGCGGUCGCGGUCACACGUCGGGUUCAGUCCAAGCUGACGGGCCGCGACUUUUUCGACGACGAUUCCGAGCCGCUAAACGUGGCGGCGCAAGUCCAGCGGCUCAUCACGCAGGCGGCUUCCCACGAAAACCUGUGCCAGUGCUACAUUGGAUGGUGCCCGUUUUGGUAGACAUCGAGUAACCGGUCGUCGUUGCGAUAGCCGGCGUGUUUAUCGUUGUUGGCUUUCUUCCUCUGUCGGUUGUCAAAGACAACGUAGUCGAGCACGCAUGGCAACGUCAAGUGGCGACCGCGCCAACCUUGGGCAUGCAUGU